AUUGUACGGUGUAUCACCUCUACCAUGUUUGUUACGUGUGGGUAUUUCAAGUGUGCAACUUAAGUCUAUAAAACGUGCACAGCUACAGCAAACCAUAUCCGACUGAUUAUCAUCACACGUACGACACUGUCACUAUUCCCGUGGAGACUACUAACUAUGUCUUCUGUACUCCUAAUAUUUUGCUGCCUCCUUGGCCUGGGGUCAGCCUGGAACCAACCGAGCACCUGCUAUGUUAGGAGCCAAUGCUCCAGUGGAACUGAGACACAGCUAACAAAGAUCAGUGAAUCAUUGGAACAUAUUCGUGAAGCACUGGAAACUAUUGCCGACAGAUUGCUGGAUGAUGAAGGAAAUGCAAGUGCACCAGUGUCAACUACCAGUGAACCAACAGCAAUGACCACAGACCCACCAACUGCUUCUGACACUUGCGGUGGACCAGGAUGGACGAGAGUGGCCUACAUUAACAUGACCGACCCCAACCAACAAUGCCCUCAAGGACUUCAACUGACAGACUAUUCGAUAAGAUCAUGUGGUCAUACAUCAACGUCUAAUGUUGGUGUUUGCUCAUCUGUUAUGUUUCCAGUGGAUGGUGUCCAAUACAGGCAGGUGUGUGGGAGAGCAAUAGGUUAUUGGUUUGGAGACAGCUACGCAUUCUAUGGAUACCAUACUGGAUGUAGGAGAACUAUCGAUGUUGCAUAUGUCAAUGGACUCAGUGUCACGCAUGGGCAAUCUCCACGCACACAUAUCUGGACGUUUACUGGUGGUCUGUUCUCUGGAGCCUGGGGUGACAAUAACCCUAACCUUCGCUGUCCUUGUGAUGAGGGGAACACUUAUGGUUCUCCUCCAUUUGUAGGAAAUGACUACUUUUGUGAUAGUGUGGCCACACCUACUAACUGGAGUGUAAACCGGUAUCGUUUCUAUCCUGACAAUGCGCUGUGGGAUGGUCAGUCAAGCCUCAACACAUGUUACAAUAACAAUAAUCCUCCGUGGUUUACGAAAACUCUAUCAACUCCAACUACUGAUGACAUUGAGCUACGAAUGUGCUUCCAUAAUACCUACACAAGAUCUAACAUGGGACUUCAGCUCUUGGAACUAUACAUCAAUUAAAAUGAUUGUGAUAAUUAAUUUUGCUAGCUUAUUAACUAUUAACUAGACAAACUCUACAUGUUUAGCUGAGUGAGAACAAAUAAAUGAACACUACCUAGCAUUCUCGUAUUGUAGCACUAGCUAUUAUAAUAA